UAAAUGUGGUUUAAGGCUUUAACCUUAAACACCUAGGCCACGUCGUCGCUUGUUGGUUUUUGCCUUCUUCAGUAACUACCGUACCCCAUCAACAGUACAAUACAGACCUUCACAAGUCUUAGACGCUAAGCAAUUUUUUUCACCUUUCCAUCCAAUUGCUUCAGGUUAUUGUUGCAAUAAGGGACUAGUGAAAUCUCUUUGUGGGUCUCGACAAGUUUGAAGCUAUUAUUCUGAAAUGAGUCAGAGAGGCUUAAUAUAUAGCUUUGUUGCAAAAGGAACCGUUGUGUUAGCGGAGUACACGCCGUAUACGGGGAAUUUUGGUACCAUUGCUGUUCAGUGCUUACAGAAGCUGCCUUCAAAUAGCAGCAAGUACACGUACUCGUGUGAUGGGCAUACGUUUAACUUCCUCCUCGAGAAUGGAUUCGUUUUCCUUGUUGUUGCGGAUGAAUCAGCUGGGAGAAGUGUGCCAUUUGUGUUUCUUGAUCGGGUGAAGGACGAUUUCAAGCAGCGUUAUGGUGCAAGUAUAAAAAAUGAUGGUCCACACCCACUUGCGGAUGACGACGAUGAAGAUGAUCUGUUUGAAGACCGAUUUAGCAUUGCAUACAAUCUUGACAGAGAAUUUGGGCCAAAGCUUAAGGAGCACAUGGAUUACUGUGUGAACCACCCUGAAGAAAUGAGUAAGCUAUCCAAAUUGAAGGCUCAGAUUUCUGAGGUCAAGGGGAUUAUGAUGGACAAUAUCGAGAAGGUUCUGGAUCGUGGGGAGAGGAUUGAACUUUUGGUGGAUAAAACGGAGAAUUUACAGUUUCAGGCUGACAGCUUUCAGAGGCAAGGCAGGCAACUUCGACGAAAGAUGUGGCUGCAGAAUCUCCGAUUGAAGUUGAUGAUUCUAGGAAUAAUCCUUGUGGUGAUUUUGUUAAUAGUGCUUGUUAUCUGUGGAGGCUUUAAAUGUUGAUGGGGAAAAGCAAAACGGAGUCCUUAGUAGCAACUUGUCUGUUUUUAAUUGGUGUACAAAUUGUUAUUUUCCUGUAUAUGGAGACUGUUGCCAAACCUUUACCUUAGUUCUUGUUAUAACCUGUAAUUAGACCUCUGUAGUCUCUACUACGUACCCGAAGGUUUUGUUAACCAGUUAAUAAUCCAGAGAUAUGGUUUAUUGGCCUCUUGUUA